GUUUGAGGCUUUUCAGCUUGCUCUAUAGGUUCUUCAUCUGGGUUUUGCUUCAUACAAAUCUAGAAGCUUGGUUUUGCUUUCAAAAAGAGCUUUUGGUGAUAAGAGCUUAUCACUGUGAAACUGCUACUUGUUUGAAUAUUCAUUUCGCAGCAAUGGAUUGUUCAUCAUGGAUUAACACUUCCUUGGAUCUCAACAUUAAUCCCUACAGAGUUCAUGAAGAAUUUCCAAAAAAGGUGGAAAACAAUUUUUUCUCAUUGGGGAUGAGGAAGUCUUCUGUAAAAGAAGAGUCCUCUGGUGCCUUGGUGGAGGAGCUAAAGCGGGUGAGUGCAGAAAACAAGAAGUUGACCGAAAUGCUCACAGAGAUGUGUGAGAAUUAUAACACUUUGCGAAGCAACUUGAUGGAAUAUAUGAGGAAGAAUCCUGAGAAGGAGCUUAGUUCAUCGAAGAAAAGGAAGUCCGAAGGCAGCAACAACAAUAGUAAUCAAAUGGGAGUUAAUGGAAACUCUGAGAGCAGCUCAACUGAUGAAGAGUCAUGCAAGAAACCGAGGGAAGACACAAUCAAAGCAAAAAUUUCCAGAGUUCAUUUCAGGACCGAAGCAUCUGAUACCAGCCUUAUUGUGAAAGAUGGAUAUCAGUGGAGGAAAUAUGGGCAAAAAGUGACCAGGGAUAACCCUUCUCCAAGAGCAUACUUCAAAUGCUCUUUUGCUCCAAGCUGCCCAGUAAAAAAGAAGGUGCAAAGAAGUGUUGAUGAUCAAUCUGUUUUGGUUGCAACUUAUGAAGGAGAGCAUAAUCAUCCCCACCCUUCUCAAAUGGAAGCAACAUCAGGCUCCAACCAUGGUAUGACCAUAGGUUCAGUACCUUGUUCAGCGUCUCUUAACACUUCCGCACCAACAGUUACCCUUGACUGGACAAAAUCUAAGUCCAGCAACGAUGUUGUCAAGAAAAAAGAUCCCAAAAUUGAGUCACCGGAAGUCCCGCAGAUUUUGGUGGAACAGAUGGCUACUUCCUUAACCAAGGAUCCCAAUUUCAGAGCAGCACUUGUUGCCGCUAUCUCAGGAAGAAUGUUGCACAAUAAUUAAGUACAACAUUAGUGUAGUAUUCUAUAAAUGGAUCAUUUUUAGUGUAAAUACAAAGUAGAAACUUGGGACAUAUUCCUCAAUUUGAUCCUUAAAAGUGGGAAUUGAGUUCCGCUUAGGAUAGCAUGUUAGAGCUGAUUACUAUGCAUAGCUAAUCAAGCUCAGCUCACUAUUCCUUACUCUUCUGCAACAAGGUAAAGAAUUAGGAUAGCUCAAAUCAGAUUUCCAAAUUAAGUUCUUGCAAAAAUUUGU